CUUACCCAGCGGGCGCGCAUCCACAUGGCGCUAAUGCAUCGGAUGAGGCCGGCAGCGUUCUUACUGGGAGGCAAGCCUCAUCCGGACGCACUUCUUGGCCUGGGACCGCAGAGGAACUCUGCUGGAUCAGACCAAGGUGGGGGCCAUCCAGUCCAGCAUCCUCCUUGUUCCAGAGUGGCCAAACACAUGCGCAAGAGGGCUGAUGCCUAUCGUCCUUCAGAGGUAGCCGGCUGCCUCUGAACCUGGAGGUUAGGGUUAGGCUUCUUCUGCAACCUCCUGGCUUCAAAUCUCUGCCAGUGUCAGCUUGACUGGAGGCAGAGGGCAAUUACUUCCUUCUGUUUGGAGGAGAAAAGCUGGGCAGGAGGAAGCAGGACGUUUCCUCUUUCCAAGUCAGCCCUGGGAGGGUGUCAGCACCUGGAGAGGCUUGGGAGGGAAUCGGCUGGCAGGAGGGGAGUCCCUAGAAGCCAGUGGAAGUGCCAGAGGAGCAGCCUGAAUAGUCUGCGCUCUGCUGGCAGCAAAGAGGCAGCUCGGCCACUCCUCCUUUCACUGGCUGGGGAAGGCAGCCUAGGUUAGAUCCUGCCGCCAGCCGUCCGGAGUCAGAUGGUCACUGCUAGUCCAAGUCAGAUGGACCAGUGUCAGGCAACGCCCUAGGUUCCUUCCUAUGCUCUUAAGGAUGUGCACAUCUGCCCACAGGUGGCAGCAAAAGCACACCAAAGGAGGAUCUUUAUUUAACCCUAGAGUCCUAAGCUUGAAUAGCCACCUAAUGGCACAGCAGGGAGGUAACGGGCCUAGGGAGCAAGAGGCUGUUGGUUCUAAUCCCCACUGGUAUUUUCCCCAGAUUAUGGGAAACACCUAUAUCAGGCAGAAGCGAUAUAGGAAGAUGCUGAAAGGCAUCGUCUCCUACUGUGCGGGAGAAGGCAAUGGUAAACCCCUCCUGUAUUCUACCAAGGACAACCACAGGGCUCUGUGGGUGCCAGGAGUCGACACCGACUCGACGGCACAACUUUACCUUUACCUAAGAUUGAAAAUUGUACUCCAGACUUUCCUGUGGAUUCAUGGGAGGGAGGAAGAUGCUUCAAGGCAGGGUUAGCUUUCACAAAGAGGCCUUGCUGCUGGCUGGCCUCUCUGCAGAAGCUGUGGGUUCCCCCCAGGCUGUCUCAGGUUGCAGCCGGAUCGGCUUAGCCAGGCACUACCAUAAUGAGGGUAAAUAUGAACCCUUGAUUGCUGCCACCUGGACACCCUCGGAAACAGGAUCGCUGCUCCCCGGGGAGCUGGCUUCCCAAAUGCACAGGGCUGCCGUGAGCCCCUGGCGAGCAGAGCCCGUGUAACCAAAUCCAGUCCUGGGGGAGGCAGCAGCUUGUCCUUUGUCUCCAGCCCGUGCCCUGGAUGGUUAACUUGGUCUCCUCCUUCCCCACCCACUGAACUCCACUGCCACUCCUUUGCCUUGGAGCAAGAGAAAGCCAAGCCGCGUGGGGACUGGCAACAGCAGAGGAUGUCCGUCCACAACUCUCCCUCCGCCUGGCUGCCUUGGAAAGCCCUCAACCCUGCCACUGGGGCUGGGAUGCUGGACGACAGCCUCACCAACCUCCAGUGGCUCCAGGAGUUCUCCUUCCUCACCGGUGACCCAGAAAAGCCAGCUGCCGCCGCCAGCCAGCUUAGCCCCCAGAGGCCCCUGCGGGGCUCCGAGGCCCCAGCCAGCCCCCCCGCGGGGGACACCGCCACCAAAGGGAUGCCUCCCAGCAUGGGCAAGCCCACCUCCUCCAGCACCAGCGCCCUGCAGCCCCUGGCCUCGGGCGCGGUGGACUACAAGACCGACAGCCGGGUGAAGCCCCCUUACUCCUACGCCACCCUCAUCUGCAUGGCCAUGCGAUCCAGCAAGGAGGCCAGGCUGACCCUCUCUGCCAUUUACACCUGGAUCACGGAGAACUUCUGCUACUAUCGCUAUGCGGAGCCCAGCUGGCAGAACUCUAUCCGCCACAACCUCUCCCUGAACAAGUGUUUCCAGAAAGUGCCGCGGCUGAAGGACGAACCCGGCAAGGGCGGCUUCUGGCAGAUUGACCCCCAGUACGCAGACAGGUUUGUCAACGGGGUGCUCCGGCGGAGACGGACGCCAGCCCUGCCCUCCGCUUGCAGUCCGUUGAUGCAGCCCUUCUCUGCUUUGAAGACUGAGCCGGGCUCCCCCCGAGGGGCAGGGCACGGCCCCCCACGGCAGGACCGGACAGCCGUGCCACACCGCCUGGGCCGCUGCAAGCCACCGCCUGCCCCCUGGGCCAGCAGAGCCCCUUGGACUGGCCCCCCCUCACCUCUGGCACCUGCUGGAGGUGGCGCUGCCACUCUGCCAGGGGCCCUCACCUGGGCCUCGGUGCUGGAGGAGAGCUUGGCUGGCCCCGCUGGCACCUUUGACGAUGACUUGGAGCUCAGCACCGCCCUCGGCUCCUUGGCUGCAGAAGAGGAGCUCACUUCUCAAAGCCAGAGCCAGCCUCUCCGUGCCCUGAGCACCAGCCCCAUGGCCACCCUGGUGGAGGACCUGACUCUGCCCCAGCCGUGGGGGGAGGAAGCAGCCGCAGAGCCUGCCCUGGGCCCCUCCUGGCCUUUUGAGGAGGGGGCCUGCUUCUCCGAGAGCCUUUUGGCCGAGGUGCAGCCGUGGGAAGUGUGAGCUCCUUGGGCCGGCCUCUCCCCUCACCAGAGACCUCAGAAGAUGCAACAUCGCCAGGAGGCACCAGCAGGACUCUGGCCUCUAGAAGCCAGGGAGGGAGAGGCCAGGGGCCCCAGCAGUCGUCCUAGGCGAGCUCUUCCCAGGUUGCCCUGCAGCUGCUCCACACCUGCCUUCCCAAGGAUGAUGCCAGCAGCUGUGGUCCCCGGAGAGCUGCAGCUUUGGCUGAAAAGACAGCAAAACGUCUCAUUCCUGGAGGUGCAAAAGCUGGGUCUGCCAGACGCUAACAAGGGCCAGGCGGGGCUUCCAGUUGUCUCAGGGGGCACUCCUGGUCUCUCGUCGUCUGUUGGGGCCCCUCCCCUCUUCCGCAUACAGCCAUGCCUUCGCCCCCUCAAAAAACAAACACCACACCUCCAUUUCUUUACACUUCUGGAUUCUGGAAGCUUAGUUGGCGAUGGAAGUAAAUAUAUACAAAGAAUUUUGUCUGAA